UCCUCAGCGCGGCCCCUGAAAGGAAUGCCCGGGCCAGGGGCAGCCAUCAGGGCAUAAAGGGCGGCUGGGUCGCAGCCUUCGGCCGUUUCCUGGACUCUCGGGCACGGGGCGGGUGCCUCGGGAGGGUCACGUGGACAUGGUGGGGGAGGUCCGGACUCCGGGAGCCACGCGAGGUGGGGAGGACGCCCCCGGCCAGUCUCCUUACCAGAGGUUAAGCCAGUGGAUGCUGGACAUCUCCGGGGACCAGGGCGUGCUGAAGGACGUCAUCCGCGAGGGUGCAGGCGAGCUGGUGAUGCCGGACGCCUCGGUGCUAGUGAAAUAUUCUGGAUACCUGGAGCACAUGGACAAGCCUUUUGAUUCGAAUUGCUUUAGGAAAACUCCCCGACUCAUGAAGCUUGGAGUGGAUAUUACCCUUUAUGGCAUGGAGCUGGGCCUUCUGACCAUGCGGAGGGGAGAGCUGGCCAGGUUUCUGUUCAAACCGCCCUACGCCUAUGGAACACUGGGCUGCCCGCCCUUGAUCCCUCCCAACUCCACUGUCUUAUUUGAGAUUGAGCUAAUUGACUUCCUGGAUUCUGCUGAAUCGGACAAGUUUUGUGCCCUGACCGCCGAACAACAAGAUCAAUUUCCACUUCAGAAAGUCCUAAAAGUGGCAGCUACUGAACGGGAGUUUGGCAACUACCUUUUCCGCCAAAAUCGUUUCUAUGAUGCCAAAGUGAGAUAUAAACGGGCUUUGUUGCUUCUCUGCAGGCGAUCAGCACCCCCUGAAGAACAGCACCUGGUGGAAGCCGCCAAGCUUCUUGUUCUCCUUAACCUCUCCUUUACAUACCUGAAGCUGGAACAUCCCACCAGGGCCCUGAACUAUGGAGAGCAGGCUCUGAUUAUUGACCAAAAGAAUGCCAAAGCCCUCUUCCGGUGUGGACAGGCCUGUCUCCUCAUGACUGAGUAUCAGAAGGCCCGAGAUUUUCUAGUCCGAGCCCAGAAGGAACAGCCCUUUAAUCAUGACAUCAAUAAUGAGCUGAAGAAACUGGCCAGCCACUACAGGGACUACACAGAUAAAGAGAAAGAAAUGUGCCAUCGAAUGUUUGCUUCUUGUGAUAAUGGCUCUACAAUAGGAGAAAAGUAAAGGCUGCUUGAUGCCUGAGAGGGAAGAGUUUGGGGGGACUUUGGACUUGGGAAGAGAGCAAAGGAGGAAAGCCCAGGAGCUCCAUGAAGAGGGGCAGAGGGCCAAGAGCUCGAGGAUCAUCUAAUGGGAGGGAGCCCCAGCUGUUGGCACUUCUCCUCCUUAACUGACAAUAAUGUCUUUUGUUUCCUCCUAGUAG